AUAUUCCCGUCUAGCUAUUGUUACGCCUCUUCCAUUACCCUACGCUUCUUAGCUUCAGAAGCGUGGCUCUCUCUUUCUCAUUUUCCUCAGCACACAUAUAGAGAGAUUGGGAAAGAGAGAGGAAGAGCGAAACAAUCGGAGUCGCGUAGCUUUUAUACACAUCUCAACCUGACAACAAAAAGCAACACUCAUUUUUGAGAUCGCAGCGACGUCGCCAGCUUCCCCGGUUGUUCGAAGUGACCUUUUGAUAUGGCAGCAAUUGCAUCUGCUGAUCCGCGAUAUGCACCAGAGGAUCCCUCUCUCCCUAAGCCUUGGAAAGGCCUUGUUGAUGGUAAGACUGGGUAUCUUUACUACUGGAAUCCAGAGACUAAUAUUACUCAGUAUGAGAGGCCUGGUGGCUCUGCUCCAAUACAUAAAUCAUCUGCUGGAUUUGUGAGUUCUUCUGUUCAAAAGUCUUCUCAUGGGCAACACAGAGACAAUGAUGAUGUUGAUAGAUAUGGCAGAGGUCACCGUGGCUCUAGUAAGCCUUCUGGUGGGGAGGACUAUCAGUGUGAAAGAAACAACUAUGACCAUUCUCGUGGUGUUUCAAACAUGCCAUUAGUAGGAAAUGGUGCAUCUGCUUAUAAAAAUAGUUCAUCGACUGUAGAAAGUGACUUAUCUCCUGAUGCUUAUCGCCGGCGGCACGAAAUAUCUGUAACCGGUGAUAAUGUGCCUCCACCUCUCACCUCAUUCAACUCAACUGGGUUUCCAUCAGAGAUUUUGAGAGAGGUACAUCAAGCUGGGUUUUCAGCUCCUACACCAAUACAGGCGCAGUCAUGGCCUGUUGCUCUUCAAGGGCGAGAUAUUGUAGCUAUUGCAAAGACUGGUUCUGGAAAAACCUUGGGCUAUCUAAUUCCUGGCUUUAUACAUCUAAAACAGCGCCGUAACAAUUCUCGAUUGGGUCCGACUGUAUUGGUUUUGUCACCAACAAGGGAGUUGGCAACACAGAUACAAGAUGAAGCUGUGAAGUUCAGUAAAUCUUACCAGAUUUCAUGCACGUGUCUAUAUGGAGGGGCAGCAAAAGGUCCACAGUUAAGGGAUUUAGAUAGAGGGGUAGAUAUUGUGGUGGCUACUCCUGGUCGUUUAAAUGACAUUCUGGAAAUGCGAAGGGUUAGCCUUAACCAAGUUUCAUACUUGGUAUUAGAUGAAGCAGAUCGUAUGCUGGACAUGGGCUUUGAACCUCAGAUAAGGAAGAUAGUGAAGGAGGUGCCUACUCGACGACAGACUCUUAUGUACACAGCAACAUGGCCAAAGGAGGUCCGGAAAAUAGCUGCUGAUCUACUGAUCAAUCCUGUCCAGGUUAACAUUGGGAAUGUUGAUGAGCUUGUAGCAAACAAGUCUAUAACACAGUAUGUUGAAGUGUUGCCACAAACAGAUAAGCGCCGGAGACUGGAACAGAUAUUGAGAUCCCAAGAGCAAGGAUCAAAAGUUAUCAUUUUUUGUUCAACUAAGAAGAUGUGCAAUCUGCUUGCUGGUAACCUUACCCGUCAAUUUGGGGCGGCGGCCAUUCAUGGUGACAAAUCUCAGGGCGAGAGAGAUUUUGUGUUAAAUCAGUUCCGCACUGGUAGGUCCCCAGUUCUUGUGGCAACUGAUGUUGCCGCUCGUGGCUUGGACAUCAAAGAUAUCAGGGUUGUAAUAAAUUAUGACUUCCCUACUGGAAUAGAGGAUUAUGUUCACAGAAUAGGAAGAACAGGACGGGCAGGUGCAACUGGUUUGGCUUAUACCUUUUUUGGUGACCAGGAUGGAAAGUAUGCUUCAGAUCUCAUUAAAGUUUUAGAAGGUGCUAACCAGCGUGUUCCUGUUGAACUACGUGAUAUUGCUUUGCGUAGUGGUGGAAUGGGAAGGGCAAGACGUCCAUGGGGUUCUGGCCCAGCUGGGCGCGAUGGAGGUCGUGGACGUUAUGAUUCUGGAAAUGGUGUGCGGGAUGGGGCAAGGGGAAGUUGGGGUAUGUCUUCCUCAUCGGAUAGAGGUGGAGGUCGAGGAUAUGACCGUGACUCCCGUGACAGACAUGGUCAAGGCUCUCGUGAUGCAGAUAGUUUUGGUAGCUACAAUUCUCGCAACUUUAAUGAUAGUGUUGCACACACUUCAGACAGACAUGGUCGCAGUCGGAGCAGAAGCCCUAACAGGGCUUCUGGAUGGAGCGGUGACAACAAGAGCCGGGGCCGCAGUCGGAGCCGUAGUGUUGAUAGGUUUAAGCCAUCUAAUCCUUCCCGUGAAGGUCCCACAGGACGCAGUUUCCAAGAGGCAGUGAUACCCCGGGCAGGAACAUCCUCACUUGCCUUAAAGCAGAGGUCGCCACCUUAUGAUAGUGAGAACCUCAAGAGAUCAUAUACUAAUGGUCAAAAGGACUGGGAAAGAUCUCCUCCACUCAAGGGGCAAAGUAACAGAGAGUAUGCUAAUGGAUCUCAUCAAACUUGUCGGGAGGAGGAAGAGGAAGGCAUAAUUCGUCCCGAGGAAGAUGGCACUUACCAAGCUGCUUGAGAAUCCUCCUUAACAUCCAGUAGAAUUGAUUGAAGUGCCUAGUGGGUGACGGAGGGAGAGGGGCAUGUCUGUUUUCUUGGCUUGCCUUUAUUGUUUUAAUGCAUUUGCAUACUAUACUUGCAUGCAUAUUGUAGUUCAUCUUUGAUAGAGACUUGGGCUGAACUCUGAAGUGAAAGACGACCUUGAAUGGGUUACUUUCCCCUGUAACAGUAGUACUUACUGGCCUUGCUUGCUACUGCUGUUGACAUUGUCUACUAUGUGCUUAUAGAUAGAAUUGGACUGUAAGAAACAGAUAGUGACGAUAAUUGACAUUAGGGGACUACUGCAAAAUUACAAUUUUUUAGUGUAUGUAAUCUAUAUUUGUUUAGAGGUAAUUUGCUCUGAAAA